UCCCAAAAGUUGUGAAUGAACGACUUUGGAACCCAUACGGUACAAUAAACACUCACUUCUGAACAACACAAGCCAUCGAUCAUCGUUAGUCUCCUCUACACUACUCUAAGUAGCAGCAAAUUUGUUUUCGCUAUAUACGUAUCCGUACUGACCAUUUCAUUAGCACAAUGGCACAACCACCUCCAGGACCCGGAGGACUCUACAGAGCUCCACCUCUAUAUCGAUUUGCUGGUACAGCAUUGGGUGCAAGCAUGUGGUUUUUCGUAUGUACUCCCAAGUCCCUAUACCACUACUGCAUGCUAACUUAUAUACAGCUGAUGUAUCGUGCGAAGAAGGAUGGUACUGCCGCCCUUUGAGUUUAACCCGGACAGUACACAUACUGACACAAUUUAGGUCCUGCCUUGUUGGGCUGGAAGCACCCUUGGGAUCACUGAACGACGAAAUGAGGAGGGGAUAUGGCGGUGAUUGGGAUCCAUCAAUCUACUGCGAGGACUUGGACAUUUAGAAGAUACCACCCAAGGCAGUUCGGAAUCACAAUACCGAUAGUGGGCCAAGACCUGUACAUACGGAAGGAAAUAUCAUUGGGCAUUG